AUGGCCAAAUCGCCGCCCGGCUACGACGAAAUUGGAUAUCCGCAGCUACAGGAUCAGCCGCCGGCAUAUGGGGUGCAAAUCCUGGAUCCUAAGCUGCUCGAGCGGGCUCUGCGAAUUGAAGUCGCGAAACGGAGACGACUUGAGAGGCAGCUGCGGUUAGCGAGGGCAGAGCCCGACUACGCGCCAGCCCACCUAAAUCACACCUUAGUUAUCCAAGCCCGUCGCCAAGAAGAGCCAAGAACCGUUGGAGUUAUAGCAUUCAACGACUCUUGCCCCUACCAAGCACACGAGCCCCGAGAACGGCUGACAAGACGAGCAAAAAUUUUCUGGACCUUCCUGAUCCUGAUGUGUAUCGCAUUAUUGGUGAUCCCCAUUAUAAUUAUAGCCCAUCAGAACGGG